UGCAGUCCGGCCCGGGCACGACGCCAAGCGGCUGGCUGCCUACAAAUCCCAGCGCGCCGGGGAGCGGAGCUGCGCCCCGUCCCGGCUCCCGCCGCCUUCCUGCAGCGCGCCAGGGGGAAAUAUAAACAGCAGCGCCGGGCAGGGUGGGGAUGGUGCCACGGGACGAGCCGUGCCGAGCCGUGCCGGGGAGCAGAGGCAGCGCUCGGGGCUGAGAGUUGAAGAUGGCAGAGCUAGAAAGCACAGUGAUAAACACCAAUGUAAAACAGAAAGACCCCAGCACAGCACUGGUCAUUGCUGUGACCACCAGAGCCAUCUUCAACUUGGAGGAGGAGCACAAGCUCUACCUGGAGAAGGGCAAGGAGGAGUACACAAAGCACCAGCAGGCCAACCAGGACAAGCCCCUGCCACCAGGCACAGCCUUUGCCUUCAUCCAGGCAGUGCAGUAUGUUAACAAGAAGAUCCUGGAGAGCAACCCAGCAGAGAGGGACCUCUUUGACAUCCUGGUGCUCUCCAACAACAGCCCAGAGAGCGGCGUGCGCAUCAUCAACAGCGCCAAGCACUACGGCCUGGAGAUCUCCAAGUUCUGCUUUGUCAGUGAUGAGGACUCCACACAGUACCUGAAGUCUCAUGGUGUCAAGCUGUUUCUCUCUGCUGACAGGACAGAUGUCUGCAAUGCCCUCCGGAGAGGGGUCUCAGCGGCGCUCGUCUUCCAGCAAGAGGUGCAGGCCCCCAGCACUGCACUGCGCGUGGUGUUUGACGGGGAUGCCGUGCUCUUCUCGGACGAGACAGACCAGAUCUUCCAGGAGCAGGGCCUGGAGGGGGCAGUGAAGUACGAGCGGGCCAUGGAGGCCAUCCCCAUAGGAGAGGGUCCCCUGAAGGCUUUUGCCAUGCACCUUGGGAAGAUGCGUAAGAAGUUUGGCCAGGAAGGAUCCCCCAUCCGCACCUACCUGGUGACAGCACGCAGCGGCCGGGACAUGGGCGUCCGAGCCAUCAAAACGCUCCGGGAAUGGGGUCUGCCCAUCGAUGAGGCUUUCUUCAUGGAUGGGGCUCCCAAAGGCCCUAUCCUCGCCCAGAUCCAGCCUCACAUUUUCUUUGAUGAUGGGCUUCAUAACAUCCAAGGGGCCCAAAAUGUGGGGGUACCUUCUGCCUGGGUCCCUUCCUGCUGCUGAUGGGCUGCAGGCCAGCAGUCCUCCCUCCCAGCAACACAGCGGACUGGGUCAGUUGGAGGCAAAACUUCUGGUGGAGAAGGAAAGAUCUCCUAACAUGCAGCAAGCAAAUCUCAGGGAAAGGGGACGAGAGCAUAGACUCUCAUGCAAAGCUUGAUGCAUAUUUCUGCUCCUCAUAAAAGGUUCUCUACGUCUUAGGAUAAAGCCAAAAGACACAACUGCUCCAGUGUGGGAUUUGCAGGUCCCAGGAUGAGGGAAGAGAUGAGAAUCUUGACUCCAUGUUUCAGAAGGCUGAUUUAUUAUAUUAUUAUAUUAUAUUGAAAAUGCUAUACUAAAACUAUA